CUCUCUGGCUUCUGAAUCUUCUGCGUAUUCCUCCUUCAGUAGUUCACCCACAACUCACCACAAUGGCUCCACUCCUGAGCAGCAUACUCUCUGUGAUCAAGGUGUUCCAGAAACAUGCUAAAGGGGAUGGGGACUGUGCCUCGCUGUGCAAGAAGGAGUUAAAAGAGUUGCUCUUGGCUGAGUUUGGAAACAUCCUCCGGAGACCAAAUGACCCAGAGACUAUGGAGACCAUUCUGGGGCUCCUGGAUUAUGAUAGAAAUGAAAGUGUCAAUUUCCAAGAAUACCUCCUGCUGGUGGUCCAGUUGGCCCAAGCCUGCUAUCAUAAACUGGAUGGUGAGAUGUGUGGAGAUGAAUCCUCUGGGGAAGAAGAAGAACAAGACAGAACAAAAGACCACAGGUUUCCAGGAACCUCAGGAAGACAACACCGGCAGAGUCAUGAGAGGAAAAGGCAAGAGUCUCACUCUAGUCAGUCUCAGAGACAAGGAAGGGAGUCCCACCCUGGUCAGUCAGAGAGACAGGGCAGAGAAUCUCACUCUGAUCAGUCAGAGAGACAGGGAAGAGACUCCCAAUGUGGUCACUCAGAGAGACAAGGCAGAGAAUAUCAUUGGGGUCAGUCAGAGAGACAAGGCAGAGACUCCCACUUUGGUCAGUCAGAGAGACAAGACAGACACUCCCACUCUGGUCAGUCAGAGAGACAAGGCAGAGACUCCCACUCUGGUCAGUCAGAGAGACAAGGCAGAGACUCCCACUGUGGUCAGUCAGAGAGACAAGGCAGAGACUCCCACUCUGGUCAGUCAGAGAGACAAGGCAGAGACUCCCACUCUGGUCAGUCAGAGAGACAAGGCAGAGACUCCCACUCUGGUCAGUCAGAGAGACAAGGCAGAGACUCCCACUCUGGUCAGUCAGAGAGACAAGGCAGAGACUCCCACUCUGGUCAGUCAGAGAAACAAGGCAGAGACUCCCACUCUGGUCAGUCAGAGAGACAAGGCAGAGAAUUUCACUGUGGUAACUCAGAGAGACAAGGCAGAGAUUCUCACUCUGGUCAGUCAGAGAGACAAGGCAGAGAAUUUCACUUUGGUCAGUCAGAGGGACAAGGCAGAGAUUCUCACUCUGCUCAGUCUGAGAGACAAGGCAGAGAUUUUCACUCUGGUAAGUCUGACACACAAGAUAGGAACUCCAUCUCUGGUCAAAGUCUGAGCCAUAAGUAUAGUGGUGGUCAGCCUAAAAAACAAGGAUAUAUACUUGCUUUAAGUCAGUGUGAGUCUCCAGUUCAAGGUUCUCAUUAUAGCCAGUCAGAAAGAACUAGACAACAAUCAACUAACGACCAGUCUAGACUUGGAGAGGACUCCUGGUCUACUCAGACAAAUCAAGAAUCCGGUUAUUAUGGGCAGUCUGAAAGGCUGGGUCUGGAAUCAGGUUGCAGUCAGACAAGCAGACAAGGGCAGACUUCCCACUAUGGCCAGACAGACAGACAAGGUAUGGGUUCUCAGUGUGGCCAGACUUCCCACUAUGGGCAGGCAGAUAGACAAGGACAGACUUCCCACUAUGGUCAGACAGACAGACAAGGACAGACUUCCCACUAUGGUCAGGCAGACAGACAAGGACAGACUUCCCACUAUGGUCAGACAGACAGACAAGGACAGACUUCCCACUAUGGUCAGGCAGACAGACAAGGACAGACUUCCCACUAUGGUCAGGCAGACAGACAAGGACAGACUUCCCACUAUGGUCAGGCAGACAGACAAGGACAGACUUCCCACUAUGGUCAGGCAGACAGACAAGGACACACUUCCCACUAUGGUCAGACAGACAGACAAGGACAGACUUCCCACUAUGGCCAGACAGACAGACAAGGACAGACUUCCCACUAUGGUCAGGCAGACAGACAAGGACAGACUUCCCACUAUGGUCAGGCAGACAGACAAGGACACACUUCCCACUAUGGUCAGACAGACAGACAAGGACAGACUUCCCACUAUGGUCAGGCAGACAGACAAGGACAGACUUCCCACUAUGGCCAGGCAGACAGACAAGGACAGACUUCCCACUAUGGUCAGACAGACAGACAAGGACAGACUUCCCACUAUGGUCAGGCAGACAGACAAGGACAGACUUCCCACUAUGGUCAGGCAGACAGACAAGGUCUGGGUUCUCAAUGUAGCCAAACUUCCCACUAUGGUCAGGCAGACAGACAAGGACAGACUUCCCACUAUGGUCAGACAGAUAGACAAGAUCUGGGUUCUCAGUGUGGCCAGACUUCCCACUAUGGUCAGGCAGACAGACAAGGACAGACUUCCCACUAUGAUCAGACAGACAGACAAGAUCUGGGUUCUCAGUGUGGCCAGACUUCCCACUAUGGUCAGGAAGACAGACAAGGACAGACUUCCCACUAUGAUCAGACAGACAGACAAGGUCUGGGUUCUCAGUGUGGCCAGACUUCCCACUAUGGUCAGGCAGACAGACAAGGACAGACUUCCCACUAUGGUCAGACAGACAGACAAGGUCUAGGACCUCAUUAUGGUCAGACAGUCAGACAAGGCCUGAGUUCUCCAUAUGACUACACAGACAGACAAGGCCAGAAUUAUGAUUAUGGUCAGACAGACAGACAAAGUCAACAUUAUGGAUAUGAUCAGACAGACAGACAAGAUCAGAGUUAUUACUAUGGUCAUACAGGCAGACAAGGCCUAACUUCUCAAUAUGAUCAGUCAACAACAGGAGAAAUUGAACAAAAUAGGUACUUCCAAGGAAAUGAAAGAACAAGCAGGGACUCAUAUGCUGAGCAAGCAGGGAGACCCAGGAGAGUAAAUCAACAAAUUUAUGGCCAUAGAUUCCAGCCCAGGGAAGGACAGCAGAACAGCCACCAAGCUUGGGAGCUGGAGGGCAGUCAACACAAACUUGUAGCACAAAUCCAGCAAGAACGGUCACACAGCCACACUGAGCAGGGCCACAGAGAUGCCCAGACCAGGCAGAGUUGUGGCCAGAGGCAGAGCCACCAGAUAGAGAAAGAGCAAGGCCACCAAAGGCAGAGCAGACAUGGUCAUGAGGGCCAGGAAAAUCCAUGUGAGGUGCAAGACAGGCAGACCCAUGAACAUGAGCAUGAGCAGAGCCAUCAGACACAAAACAGGCAGAGCCAUGAGAAGGAACAGAGCUAUCAGACCAGAGGCAGACAAAUCGAUGAGCAUGAGCAGAACCAUCAGCAACAACAGAAUAGACAAACACAUGAGGAGGAACCAGGCUGUCAGACAAGAGGCAGGCAAACCCAUGAACAUGAAGAGAACAAUCAGAGACAAAACAGGCAGAGCCAUGAAGAGGAACAGAGCUGGCAGACAAGAGGCAGACAAACCCAUGGGCAUGAACAGAGCCAUCAGCAACAACAGAAUAGGCAAACACAUGAAGAGGAACAGAAGUACCAUGGAUCCCAAGAUCAACAAUUCCAUGGGACCCAGAGGGGCUGUGCCACCAGAGACACAUCUCACCUAAAGGAAGAUGUCCAGAGCAGAGGUUCACAGGGAAGACAUAGUGAACUUGACUCCCAUCCACCUCAGAGUGGUGGGAAGUCCCAAAGAAGAGAACAGGGUGGAAGCCACACUACCAAGGCAACUAUUGGUGCCAACCCCCUCUAUGAUUAUGUGCAAGAACAGAAAGCUCAUGGGCACGACUAAGCUGUGUUCCAGAGCUAAAGAAUAUGAUGUUGAUAAAUAAAUCUAUAUAUUUAUCUUUUAAUCUACAUAAGAAGCUGAAAAUAUGGCUUCCUUCUCUCUUUAGCUUUAUCUAUCUGUCAGCAUACUUAUAGGGUAUUUGGCAGCAACUCUAGGGUUUUCCAGUUGGGUGAAAUCUGAGUGGCAAAUUGGGUGAAAGAAUCAGAUCCCAAUUUUGGCUAAUUUGGGAAUUUAAAUCAUUUCCUGGUUCACCCUCCACAUUGGUGGGAUGCAGUCAGAUCACUGAAGGAUAAAGACUUCUCCCAAAAGUUUAGAAAUAGGAAAGGUAUCCUGAAGACACUCACUACAGUUCAAGAAGAAGACAUCUGUGCUUUGGCAAGCUUUGGCUCUUGUGAACAAAAUGCCACAAAUUCGAAGUAUUGCAGUCUAUUCUAAAACGAAGCACAGCAAGUGGUUUCUAGCAAAACCAGAGCCCACAGACAGCAUCUCUGGAGUUGACAACUCAUCUGUGCCCAGACUCCUAACUAACUCCUAUCAAAGAGACCGUCUACUUAAACUCACUGGACUGAUUCUAACCUUUUGAUGCCUUUUUUUGUUUCUGACCAUAUCAAACACAGAGAAGGACUAUGUCAUCUAUUUUCAGAUUCCAAGGAACCAAAACUGUCAACUCAUAGUUCUGAGACCUGAAAAACCUUCACAAGAAAAUCUAUGGAACUGUAUUAAAAUACCCAAUAAAUGAUUGGUGAGCAAUGAA